UUAGACAGUUGAGAUCAGUCUGCAGGAUAUCUGAUCUGAUUCCAAUAAAAAAGGUAUAUGCGAAUUCAUCUAACCCUAAAAAUCUAGCGACAGUAGUCAACUCUUAUUCUCUAUCAAUUCUACGUUUUCCUGUAUCAUUCUAAUUACGUGUGAUAUAUAAUUGAUCUACAAAAGAUACUUUUUUGUUUUAUUUUCGUCAUACAUACCAACAAAAAGAUAUAGUAUAUAUUUAACUUUUUCAUUGUAUCAAUAAGUUUCCAUCUCUAUAUCUAUGUGGUUAGUAAGUGUAAUAUUCUUCAAAGUAAGAAGAAUAAUUUGUUUUUGGUAUUAACCGUCUGGUUCUCGGGAGAAUGGACCCCGAUAAUCCAGAGUUCAGCUGCGAGGUAAAUAAAGGAGGGCCAAUAAUUGUUCCCACCAGGAAAGAAAUUCAGGUUCAGAAUAUGACGAGCAACAGUAUGAACCAAACUAUAAAAAUAUUUAUGAGGAGCAGAAAUCUAGAGGAGGAAUCCAUGAAAUUAGAAAAGUUUUUGAAGGAUUCAUGGAAAUUUUUGGAGCAUGGACUCAAUGCAAUCUUCCACAAACAGAAUGAUGAUUAUAUCAGCUUGGAACAACUUUACAGUGAAGCCUAUAACAUGGUGAUUCUAGGACAAGUCACAAGAUUGUAUAUGGUAUCAGUUACCAUCAUGACAUCACAUGUCAAAGAAAUAUCAAAAUCCAUUGAAGAAGCAGGAGAAGGGGACUUCUUUCUGGAAGAACUUAGUAGAAAAUGGAAUGAUUACAAAAUGGCUAUACAAAACAUUGAAAACAUACUAAUCUAUAUGGAUAGAACUUAUGUUAGAAAGAAUGAUAAAACCCCAAUAAGAGAUCUUGGAUUGAACCUAUGGAGAGAUAAUGUUGUUUAUUCUGCACAAAUUCAGUCUCAAUUACAGAACACUCUUGUUGAAUUACUACAUGGAGAGCGCAUCGGUAAAGUUAUUAACAAUAAAGCCUUGAUAAGGAACAUAUUUAUGAUGCUAAAGUAUUUAGGUGAUUCAGAUUAUGAGACAUCGCUUGAGAUUCGUUUUCUUGAAGUUUCGGCUGAGUAUUUUAGAGGCGAGUCUCAAAAGUUAAUUGAAUGUUGUGAUUUUAGUGAUUAUAUAAGAAAAGUUAAGAAUCAUUUGAUUGAAGAAAUGAUUAGAGUGAGCCACUACUCGGAUUUCAUAUGCGGAAAGAAGAUUGUUGAUGUAAUGUGCAAGGAGAUGAUUGAAAACCGAAUAGAAAGUUCUUGGUUAGUAACUUUUUUCCUUGAUGACAGAUAUGAAGAUUUAAGAAAUGUGUAUAUGAUGUUCACGCAUUAUGUUUCUGACGGACUCCGUAAAUUACAGAAAGUGGUUAGGAACACAUGUCAACUGUUUUUAACAGAUCCAGAAAGGUUAAAGGAUCCUAUGGUUUUUGUUCAAGAUCUUUUGGAUAAGAAAGAUAAAUAUGACAGUAUAUUAGACUCGUCAUUCAACAACGAUGAAAAAUGUCAUGCAGUUUUGAACUCCUUCUUUGAGUACAUCAUUAACAUGAAUCUCCAUUCGCCAGAGUUUCUUUCAUUGUUCUUAGAUGUAAAGUUAAGGAAAGGUUUUGAAGGAGUAAAUGCGGAGAUUAUUCUUGACAAGGUGGUGGCGCUUAUCAGAUUGUUGCAUGAAAAAGAUAUGUUCCUUAAGUACUAUAAAAAGCACCUUGCAAAGAGGCUUUUGUUAGGGAAAACAGUUUCUAAAGAUGCCGAGAGAAGCCUCGUUGUUAAACUCAAAAGAGUUUGUGGUAACCAAUUUGUUGUGUUAGAGAAAAUGAUUGUUGAUAUGGAAACCUCAGAAGAAAUGUUACAAGGGUUUUAUAAAAGCCACACUGAGCUAAGCGAUGAUCGUAAACUAAGUGUUCAGGUUUUGACCACAUCUUUGUGGCCAAUAUCAAGCACUACACAUUCAUCAUGCAACCUUCCGAUCGAAGUCUCAGCACUAUAUGAGAAGUAUAAGUCAUAUUAUCUAGGAAUCCACACUCAAAAGAAGCUAUCAUGGCAAGUAAACAUGGGAAAUGCAGAGAUAAUAGCAACAUUUGGGAGUGGUCAUAAGCACGAGUUACAUGUCUCGACCUAUCAAAUGUGUGUACUAAUGUUGUUUAAUGAUGUUGAUCAACUAAGCUACAAGGAUAUUGCAAAAGCAACCCAAAUUAAUACUUUGGAUUUAAUCAAGUGCUUGUAUUCCAUGGUUCUUGUGAAAGGAAAAAAUAUAAUCAAGAAAGAGCCGAUGAAUGGACAUAUUGGUGAGGACGAUGUAUUCUUUAUCAAUGACAUGUUCAAAAGCAAGUUCUAUAAAAUUAAGUUAGAUUCAGUGGCUGCAGAAAGGGAAUCUAAACACGAGAAAUUACAAACUCAAAAGAAUGUAGAAGAUGACAGAAGGCCUCAAAUUGACGCAGCAAUAAUGAGGAUUAUGAAGUCAAGGAAACAGCUUGAUCAUAACAAUAUUAUAGCAGAGGUGACAAAGGAAGUAAAGUCAUUAUUCCUUCCUAAUCCAACAGAGAUAAAGAAAAGGAUUGAAUCUCUUAUUGAAAGAGAUUACUUGGAGAGGGACAAUAUUGACAAUAAUUUGUAUCGGUAUCUUGCAUGAAGAAAUUUAAUGAGGCGACUCUUCGCUAGUAAAGUGAAAGGUUCAAAGAAGUCAAGUUCAAAAUUAAUGUAACACUCAUCUAUUCUUUAACAUCUUUGUUUGGAAUUUCUUUUUCUCUACACCGAAACAGAUUGGUUUGUUCUUGCUUAAUUCGUUUUAAGUGAAACAGAUUAUUUUUUGUGGAUAUGAUUUUAAGUUUUGUUGGUUUGGAGAUGUGUAAUAUUUCUAACACAUUUUUAUUAUCUUCGACAAUUGAUUUGUUUUCUAAUAUUUGAGGAUUCAUAUGUUAGUAAUAAUUUAAAA